UGCGAGUCUCCGUCAAUUAGUAGGUAGUAACAUGGUUUGCGUGCUAUGGCAUUUCGUGCGUUUGCAUGCACGCAUGAAAGUCUAUCCUCUCUCUAUAUAUAAGUUGAUAGGAAUUUAAAGCUGCAAUUAUCUAGCUGAUCAGCUUGCCUAGGAAGCAAGGAAUUAGCCAUGGCUUCUGUUUCGCCGCUACUGCUUCUCCUCUUGUGCAGCUACCACUCUGUAGUUGCUCAUGCAGGAGAUGGACAGAGUUACAAGGUUCUUGAGCUGAAUUCUGAGGCCGUCUGCUCCGAGCGAAAUGCGAUUUCGUCGUCGUUGAGUGGAACCACGGUGGCGUUGAACCACCGGCACGGGCCAUGCUCGCCGGUGCCGUCGUCCAAGAAGAGGCCGACCGAAGAGGAGCUGCUCAAACGCGACCAGCUCCGAGCCGAGCACAUCCAGCGGAAGUUCGCCAUGAACGCCGCCGUCGAUGGCGCCGGCGAUCUCCAGCAGUCGAAGGUGUCGUCGUCCGUGCCGACCAAGCUGGGCUCCUCCCUGGACACGCUGGAGUACGUCAUCUCCGUCGGGCUCGGCACGCCGGCCGUGACGCAGACGGUGACCAUCGACACCGGCAGCGACGUGUCGUGGGUGCAGUGCAACCCGUGCCCCAACCCGCCGUGCUACGCGCAGACGGGCGCGCUGUUCGACCCCGCCAAGUCGAGCACCUACAGGGCGGUCUCCUGCGCCGCCGCCGAGUGCGCGCAGCUCGAGCAGCAAGGCAACGGCUGCGGCGCCACCAACUACGAGUGCCAGUACGGCGUCCAGUACGGCGACGGCUCGACCACCAACGGCACGUACAGCCGCGACACGCUGACGCUGUCCGGCGCCUCCGACGCCGUGAAGGGAUUCCAGUUCGGGUGCAGCCACGUCGAGUCGGGAUUCAGCGACCAGACCGACGGGCUCAUGGGCCUCGGCGGCGGCGCGCAGUCGCUCGUGUCGCAGACGGCGGCGGCGUACGGGAAUUCCUUCUCGUACUGCCUCCCGCCGACAUCGGGCUCGUCCGGGUUCCUCACGCUCGGCGGCGGCGGCGGCGUGUCGGGGUUCGUGACGACGCGGAUGCUCAGGAGCAGGCAAAUCCCGACGUUCUACGGCGCGAGGCUGCAGGACAUCGCCGUGGGCGGGAAGCAGCUCGGGCUGUCGCCGUCGGUGUUCGCCGCCGGGUCCGUGGUGGACUCCGGCACGAUCAUCACGCGGCUGCCGCCGACGGCGUACUCGGCGCUGUCGUCGGCGUUCAAGGCCGGCAUGAAGCAGUACCGGUCGGCGCCGGCCAGGAGCAUCCUCGACACGUGCUUCGACUUCGCCGGCCAGACCCAGAUCUCCAUACCGACCGUCGCGCUGGUGUUCUCCGGCGGCGCCGCCAUCGACCUCGACCCGAACGGGAUCAUGUACGGCAACUGCCUCGCGUUCGCCGCCACCGGCGACGACGGGACCACCGGCAUCAUCGGGAACGUGCAGCAGCGGACGUUCGAGGUCCUGUACGACGUCGGCAGCAGCACGCUCGGCUUCCGGUCCGGCGCGUGUUGACCGGGGCGGGCGGCGCGACGCCGGCGCCUGGCGGGCCGGGCAACACGACACACGUAGAGGCCAAGAGGGUAGCAGUAGGUUGCUCUCAUGUGGUCGUCUACUUGUUUGUGGUUGCGAGGUAAGAGUCGUGACGUGUGAUGAUGACAAGAUAUAAUGAUAUAUAUUGCAAUUGUAAUCCAACAACCAAAAUAUUAUAUUAGUCCCUAGCUCUAAAAAAAUAUUAUAUUAGGAGUGAACUUUUCAUGAUUUUUUAUGAAUAAUAAAGACUUUAUACUGAUUAAUUCGAUCGUUUGAUUCCCAAUCGACGGAUGCAUCA